UAGGGUCCAUGGGUAGCUUGAUGGAGAAGACAACGAGUGGCCUAGAGCUUGUUGAUUCAAGCAAGCAUAACUUCCGCCGAACCCUAGAUUCUCUACAAGAAGGUGCUCAUUCUCUUAUUCUGCUUACGAUUCAAUGGGAGGAGAUCGAGUCGUAUUUCGAUUCCACGAGAAGCAUUCUCGAGAAGCGAGCGAAGGAACUAGAAGCACUGGAGGAAUCGAUAAAGGGCAAAGCUUUGGAGCUGGAGACGAAGGAGAAGGAGCUUAGUUCGAUUCGUGGGUCAUUCGAAGCGAAACUGAGCGAUUUGGUGGAGAAGGAGAAGGCUUUCCAUUUGGAACAGAAGGCAGCGACAGAGAAAAGGAGAGGUGAAGUUGAAGCGUUGGAGAGAUUCACAGAGAGAAUCGAAUCGAUGGAAAAAAAUUCUGAUGAGAAGUUGAAGGAACUCGAUGCGAGAGCAGAUGAUCUCUGUUUGAAGGUGAAAGAAUCAGAGCAACAGAAAGAAGGGAUUAGCGCCGGAGAAGAGCCGAGGCGUGAAUUUGAGCCGCUAGUUUCAUUGUUGGCUAAAAACAUAGGCUCAAGUGUUACAAUGCCUACAAACUGUUCGACUUUUUACCUGACUAAGAAUGCAACAGAUUUUGCGGAUGGUUUAGUUAAGAAAAACUCAGACUUGGCAAGGAUGAUUCCGUAUUUGGAACCGCCAAAGCUGGUUUUGGAUGCUAUAGAAGGGUCAUUUAAGGAAUGCAUGAAUAAAGAUUUCGGAGAAUCUGAUGAUAGGUUUGAUAGCGUUGUUAAUAGUUGCAUCCUUCUGUUGGAGAACCUGAUGCAGAGGAAACCGCAGAUCACUCGGAAGGUGAAACAGGAAGCGACUCAACUCGGGAUUGACUGGAUAGCAAUGGCAAAAACCAAUCCGAAGAACUACUCGCGGGUUUUAGGUUGCUUGCUGUUUCUGGCUGCUUACGGUUUGUCCUCUUUGACUACUCGUGAGGUGCUCUUAACCCUUUUAGAUCGCAUCCUUUUGUAUGAUCAGGCCCCGAAACUGUUUCGGCUUCUGGGGUUAGAACAUCGCGUUUCUGGUGCGGUUGAAACUCUAAAGAAAAAGCAAGAGUACCUCGCAACACUCAGAUUCGUCUGUGAAUUCCGGUUAUACCAGCUUUGUCCAAAAGGACAACCAGGAGCCCUUUUGCGUGAGUACUUGGACUUCUCAGAAAAAACUGCCCGAGUAAUUGCUGGAAAUGGAAACUCAGUGGAGGCGAAGAAAGCGAGGAGGGAGAAGAGGAAAGCUGAUGCAGUCAUGGCCCUUGAGUGUAUUAGAGAGAAGAAAGCUGAGUCUAUGUUUCCUGAAAAAAGUCUUAAACAAUUGAUUGCACUGAUGAACGAUGUUACAGCCCCGAGAGCAAUGGAACCAGUUCAUGGAAGUCAUGAAAAAAGAGAGAGCGCGAAGAUCGCUGUAGAGAAAUCUAAAGCUGAUUCUUUUAUUUCGUAUGAACAGAAGAGUGAAGCCAAACGUCAAAAGUUAACUGAACCAAAAACUCCUAUUCAGAAUUCAACAGUGAAUCGGCUCAGGGUUGUGUCCGAGGAAUCAGGAGUAGAUCAGCCAGAUGGCAAAGCAACUUAUCUAUUAAGCACCGAAACCAAGUCAAACAUUCUCUCUGGUUCCAUUAACGCGGACAUGUUAAGGGAGCUAGUAGAAAAGCAACAUCUUGUGGAGAGUGAUCUCUUCAAUGCUAUCAAAUGCACACUAGAUCCUGCAAAGCUUGUUCUAGACACAUCCAUGGCUCUGUGUCCUAAACCUCCCGAAGGGGGCUACGAGUUCAAGCUUCUGGUUACUUCAGCUAGCUGCUCCUUAUUGUUGGAUCAGCUGAAGAAGCUCCCGGGUCAAGCUGGAGAUCCUGUGAAAGGCGAUGCAAAGAAACUUGCGGUUUACUGGAAAGAAAAGAUUUCAAAGAGUAAGACGGAUGAAAUGGAAGUCGUUUGUUUCCUAAAGUUUCUUGGUAUCUUCGGGAUUGUGUCAGAGUUCGAGGCUAAUGACCUCUUAGGUCUACUGGACAGUUCUUAUUGGCAAACUGUGUCUCCUGAUCUUUGCCAGUUUCUAGGGUUGGACUACGCCAUUCCAGGUUUCAUCCAAAAUGUCAUAAAAAGUGGGCAUCGUCUCAAGGCAAUCGACUACAUUUACUCAUUUGAUAUGGUCCAUAGAUUCCACCCUGUUUCCGCUAUCAUAAACGACUCCUUGAGGAUUACAAAGGAAUCUGCAGAGAAGGCGUUUAGAGACGCUAGUGAGAACGAAUCUGCACCGCAGGUUGCGGCCAUAGACAGGCAGAUCAAAUCACUAAGAGCCGCCAUUAGAUGCAUAAAGUCUCACAAACUCGAAUCAGAGUUCCAACUCGGAGACCUGGAGGAACAGAUCAAGUCGCUUUUGAAGCUUAGGCAAAGCCCAUCCGAUGGAUCAAAACCUGAUUUGACAAUCAAACAAUCCCAGGCGGAAGAAGAAGCGCCAAAUUUAGCAGAGGUUGGUUCUGUCACCAGGAACACACCAUUGGAACCUUCAACGGCAGCUGCUGCUUCCUCAAAGAAGAAGGGAGGACAAAAACGCAGCCUUUCGGGAAGCAAAAAGAGCUCAGUACACGUUGCUUCACACACAAGAAAUCACUAUCCAGGGCAUGGAUAUUCCCUGAAUCAAAGACAGCCUUGGCCGGUCAAUCAUUACGAUAGGGGUUUCACCGGAACUCGGAACUUGGAUUACAAUCAUGACCAGUGGACACCACCAGAGGGACCCCGAUAUUACCAGUUUUAUUAUCAACAUCAUUUCGAUCCUUAUAACAGGAACCAGUACUAGGUGUUGCUUACUUUUUUAGGGUUCUUGAAAGUUAUUAGCUUCUUGGGGGAUUGUUUGUUUUAGUUUUUGCAGGAUUAUCUGAUUCCGCAUACUCAGAGAAGAUGUCAAUAAUCAUAUGGUUAUUUAUGUAAAAUUCUGAUGGUCUAUAAGUUUUGGACGUUGGAGAUUACUCCUUCUCUUUUGUUGUUUUGGUCUUAUGUCACUCUUGUUGUCUCC